CAGUUUCAUUUACGUUUACGACGGGCAACAUUGCAAUUUACUGUUUAUUGUAUUUUUUUAUUGGUUAUCUGAUUUGUUGCACUUUAUUUAUCGAAAUCGUCGUUUAAAACUGAUUCUGGCGAUGUUAGAAGUUUGCAUAGACAGUUUGGAGUCAGCAAUAAAUGCUAUCCAUGGCGGAGCUGAUGAACUUGAGGUAUGCAGCACUCUCACAGAAGGCGGGCUCACUCCCUCGCCAGGGCUCGUCAAACAAAUCAUGGAAAUGGUGAAUAAUAUAGCAGCCGGGAAACCAAUCCGUGAAUCAUGUCACGAUUGCGGUUGCGAUAAAUUAACGAAGCGACCAAAAGUUAACGUAAUGAUCAGAUGUCGCACAGGCUCUGAUUUUCAUUAUUCCCUAGAAGAGAUGGAUACAAUGUUAUCUGAUGUGGAAGUCUUCAAAGCUUUUGGCGUGGACCGAUUUGUUUUUGGCGCCCUUACUGAGACACGAGAUAUUGACGUGAUAAACUGCAAGAGAUUUAUACGUCACGCUGAUGCUACUCCAGUAACCUUUCAUAGAGCCUUUGACGUGUGCAAUAAUCCAUUAUCAGCGAUCAAUACAAUUGCUGGUCUUGGUUUCAAUAGAGUACUGACAAGCGGGCAGAAGGCUUCGGCCAAUGAUUUAGAAGCUAUUCAAUUAAUAAAGGCACUCGUCGGCACUGCUGGUGAUAAAAUAGAAAUCAUGCCAGGAGCGGGAAUAAAUCUGGAUAAUGUGAAGACUUUUAUCGAUAUUGGCUGUAAAAUAGUCCACAGUUCGUGUAAAAAGAUUAAAUAUCUCCCUCAGGUUAAGAGUGGUCUGUCUAUGGGGACGAGUGAUAGUGAACACGUUUUGCUUACCAAUGAGACCAUUGUCGAGAAGAUGAAGGAGACAAUUACUUAAUUAACUAAUUACUAAACCUGCGAUAAUUCUAAUAUACUUAAUCAAAUUUAUUAGCACAA